AGAUUAUGUUAUCGAUUUUCUUGGGAUAGCAUCCACCAUCUUUGCCAGUUACGUCGGCGCUAUAUUCAGCUGUAUGCCAAUUUUCUGCAGCAGUCAUCAGAUGCUAAUUACCCAGAGAUGAGAGAAAUCGAAAAGGAUCUUGAUUCCAAAGUGAUCCUUUUAUGGAGGUUGCUUGCACAUGCAAAGGUAGAAUCUGUAAAGUCAAAAGAAGCAGCUGAGCAGAGAAAGCUGAAAAAGGGUGGCUGGUUCUCAUUCAAAUGGCGGACAGAAGCUGAAGAUGAUCCUGACGUCGAUAGUGUGGCUGAUGGAUCAAAAUUGACGGAGGAAGGAUUGACUAAAGAAGAGUGGAAGUCCAUAAAUAAGUUACUGAGUCAUCAGCCAGAUGAAGAGAUGAGUUUGUAUUCAGGAAAAGACAUGCAGAAUAUGACUCACUUUCUUGUAACGGUAUCAAUUGGUCAAGGUGCGGCUAGGAUUGUUGAUAUAAAUCAGACUGAGGUGCUGUGUGGUAGGUUUGAGCAGCUCGAUGUGACGACCAAGUUCAGAUAUCGAAGUACUCAGUGUGAUGUAUCACUGAGGUUCUAUGGCUUAUCUGCACCAGAAGGUUCCCUAGCGCAGAGUGUAUCCAGUGAGAGAAAGACAAAUGCCUUGAUGGCUAGUUUUGUGAACGCACCUAUUGGAGAGAACAUUGAUUGGAGGCUAUCAGCCACAAUAUCCCCUUGUCAUGCUACGGUAAUCUCUUCAUAUAUGUAUGCUCUUGAAACAUGGACAUAUAUCAUCUGCCUAAUAGUCGCAUAA